CAGAUAAAAGCUGCAGCAUCGGCCGCUGCCGCUCACAUCCCCCCCGGGACCAGAGGCAACCUGUCGGCUGGUGAGAGUGUGGCGCGCAGGCGCAGUCAGGUGUAAAGGUUGGUCGUCAGCUGAUCGGAGAUGCCGGUGCAGAUCCCGGACGACUCGGACUUCUGUUCGUUCAGAGAGCAGUGUCUGAGCACGGAGGGCUGGACGAGCCGCUACAACAAGGGAGGGGUGACGGUGUGGUGUCGCGAGGAGGACAGCAGCACGGUGCAGAAACUCAAGAUGAGGAUAGUGUGUAAGGAUGUGACGGCGGAGACGGUGUACGACGUCCUCCAUGACACCAGCUACCGCAAGAAAUGGGACACCAACAUGAUCGACACGUUUGACAUCGGCAGGCUGACGGUCAACGCGGACGUGGGAUAUUACUCCUGGAAAUGCCCGAGCCCACUGAAGAACAGAGACUUUGUGACGAUGAGAUCUUGGCUUCCACUCGGCAACGACUACAUGAUCAUCAACUACUCCGUCAAACACCCGAAAUAUCCCCCAAAGAAGGACUACGUCCGAGCCGUGUCCCUGCUGACCGGGUACCUGAUCCAGUCCAGCGGAGCUGCCAGCUCCACCCUCUACUACCUGACCCAGGUGGACCCCAGAGGUUCUUUACCAAAGUGGGUGGUGAACAGAGUGUCCCAGUUUGUUGCUCCAAAGGCCAUGAGGAAGAUCUACAAGGCGUCUCUGAAGUACCCAGAGUGGAAGAGGAAACACAACCCGGGCCUGAAGCCGUGGAUGUUUCCGGAGCAGAACACGCUGCCGUGCAUCAGCGUGUCGGAGCUGACGGUGCAGCGAGCCGACUCUCUGGAGAACAUCGACGAGAGCAGCGUGAGCGAGGAGAAGACGCAGCAGAGCGACGACGAGGAGACUUAAACACGGUGGACUUUGUCUGGUUUACUGUUUGUUGGUUUGUUUGUUCAGGUAAACUCAUGCUGGACAUGUUUCUGACUGCAGCUGCACUCUACACUCAGCUGGACCUCACGAACCUUUUCACAACCUUCUGUCAACUCAAAGUAAUCCGACAGGAUUGGUUUCAGGGCAGCUAAAAACACGAGCGCGCCCUCACAGCUGUUUCAGGUGUUCUGAGAAGGCCUUUGUUCAGGUUGAAGGUGGCCCGAGUUUCAUGUAAGCUUUCCUUGUAUUUGUAUUGCAGUGAGACAAAGAGCAUGCAGCAGAAUCCCAGCCCUGUCUGCAUGAACUGGUUGUGAUUUUAAAGCAUCUGUAUAGAAGCUACAGUGAGUACUGUGUCAGUGCUGGCAGGGUUGGAGCUGGGUUCAGAUGUGUGUGGAUAUUUAAAUAUUUACUCUCAUGGAAGCUGCUAACAGAAGAACUCAGGCUGAAAUGUGUGUAAGAGCUGAUUCGAAAGGUAAAAUCUUCCACUCUGUAAAACUGUGUGUCUGAAAAAAGUAACCAAACUAUAACCAUAGUCCUGAGUGCUGCGCUGGGUUCUUGGGUUAAAUGAUGUUAGUGAUGAUGUACCUGCUGUUUGUGGGACACCUGGCAGCUGGGUGCAGCAUGAAGCCACAUCAGUCUUCCUGCAGGUUUCUCACAUUUGUUUUCCUGGAUGUUUAACCUGAGCAAUAAAACCACAUUAAAUCAGCUCCAGUGUGUGAGUCAGUGUGACCACAUGACCUGGAUGUUUCAGUCCA